AUGGGGGUUAUUAAGUUCUAUAGGAAGAAUAAUGGCGGCAGAGUUGCAUCGACUUUCCCCGCUCUAUGCCAAGUCAUUUGCGCUCCAAUCAAAGCAAACUGGAAAGUGAUACGAAGUCAGCGACAUCAGGGCUUUACAGAUGACGACGCCUCUUCUAUUUGCUGCAACAAAGCAGAGACAUGGCCCUUAUAUGGCGAUCAUGCGAGCAGCCUAUGCGCUUGCCAUGUGCUGACAAUUAGAGCCCAAGAACAGAAAUCGUUCGUUGUUCACAUUCCAUUAUCAUCUGUUAUUGACAAGCCGAUGUACACCAAGGAAGCUGUGUCGUUUUCAAGGGAAGGUAUGUUACCGAGCGGUGAGCUUCAGCCUUACCGCCUUGAGGAGAAGUCAGUCAUCCAUCAGGCGUCUCAGGCGGUAGACCAGUCCGAGGCGGUGAAGCGGUUUGAGGCGGCGAAGCAGUCUCAGGCGGUAGACCAGUUUCAGCCGGUGGAUCUAGUCCGAACAUGA